AAUGCAUUUCUUUCGGCGCGGUCAGUUCUGGUGCACGUAAAAUUCGGUCUGCGUAAUUUAUCCCAGAAAAGUGUUACAGAUUCCGAAAUCCCGCCGGAAAAAUGGCAAAACCCAAAAAGGAUAAACAAACCUCCGGUGGUGUGGCGAAAAAACCAGUCACCGCCGAUGGAGAAGCCUCGAAAAUCUGGACCGACGAGCGGUUUGCCCAUCUGGUCAACGAUCCACGCUUCAAGGGAAUUCCCAAGACGGAGAAGAAGGUCAAAAUCGACAAACGGUUCCAGUCGAUGUUCAAGGAUGAGAAGUUCAACGUGAAGCACACGAUCGACAAGUACGGCCGGAAGGUGAAACAGGCCGAAAGCGAUGAGCUGCGAAAGUACUACGAAAUGGAAUCCGAACCGGAAUCGGAGGGUGGGGAAGAAGAGCCACAGGAGCAGGAAGGAGACUCAGAUGGCUCGGAAGACCUGGAACUGGACGACGAGGAAAAGGCGAUGGCAAUGCCGGACAAGGUAAAGUCCCGAUUGGAGGAUCUGGAGGUGGACUACGCCCGAGGCGAAGGAGCAAUUGCAUCGGACAGUUCCUCGGAUGACGAUUCAGAGGAAGAGGACGAUGAGCAGGAAGUGUUCAUUGAGCACGUCUGGGGCGAACUGGAUGCCGAUGCGGAGCGGACAGACGAAUCGACGCCAAGGUUGGCUCUGUGUAACAUGGACUGGGAUCGCGUUAGGGCGGUGGAUAUCAUGGUCAUGCUGAGUUCGUUCCUGCCGCGAGGAUCGACCAUUCUGAGCGUGACGAUAUAUCCAUCCGAGUUCGGCAAAGAGCGUAUGAAGGAGGAAGAAGCUCAAGGUCCGGAAGAACUGACAGCGCAGCGAUCGGACGAAUCGGAACAGGAAGAACUGGACGAAGAAGCGGCGAAGGAGAAGCAACUGGAACGCCUCCGGGAAUAUCAGCUAAACCGUCUUAAGUACUACUACGCAGUGGUCGAAUGCGACAACGUCGAUACGGCGGACAAGUUGUACAAGGAAUGCGAUGGCGUUGAGUACGAGAGCACCGCCAACAAGCUGGACUUGCGAUUCAUUCCGGACGACAUGGAAUUCGACGACGAACCGAAGGAGAAGUGCACCGAACUGCCGGAGGUGGGAAAGUACGAACCGCGCGUGUUCAUUACCACCGCGCUGAACCAGUCCAAGGUGGAGCUAACCUGGGACGAAAACGACGUGGAGCGCAAGGAGUUCAACGAAAAGAUUCGCGCGGGAAAGUUGGCCGAUGUGAAGGACACCGAAUUGAAAAAGUACGUUGCUUGCAGUAGCAGUGAAGAUGAGUCGGAUGGUGACGGUGAGGUAGAGCAGGAAGAGAGUGAAUCAGAAGAGGAGGAAAUACCUGAUAACAAAGGUAAAAAGUCCAAGAAGCAAGACAUGAUUGCUAAGUAUAAAGCAUUGUUAGGAGAAAUAAAAGAGCAGGAAGACAAGGAAAGAGACGAGAAGGUUGAAAUGGAGUUCAGUUGGAAGGUGAACGGAGAGGAGAAAGAAGAUGAAGAGUCGGAAUCAGAAACUGAACAGAAGAAACAGGACAACAUUAAUCCGUUUGAGAAGAUUCUGGAGAAAGCCAAGGAGAAGAAAAAGCGACGAAAGGAGCUGAAGAAGAAAAAGAAACGCGGAGAACUGAACACCGACGGUGAAGAAGAGUCCGAAGAUGAUACCCCUUACGGAGUUGACAUGAAUGAUCCAUUCUUUGCCAGCGCAUUCGACGAAAAAGAGUUCGAUUUGAAGAAACCAAGCAGAAAGGACAAGAAGCAAAAGGAUGCCGAACAGGAGGAGGAAGAUGAAGCCGAAUCGGCUCGCAAACGUGCCGAGUUGGAACUGAUGCUGGACGACGGAGAGGACGACAGAAGCCACUUCAACCUGAAAGCAAUCCAGGAAAACGAAAUCGAUCUAAAGUCCGUGUCGAAAUCGAAGAGAAAACGAAUUCUGAAGAAGAGCAAGAAGCAAAUCGAGGAACAGCGCCAACAGAUGAGCGCGGGCGGAGACGAUUUCGAAGUCAACGUGGACGAUGAUCGGUUCAAGGCGGUGUACGAAAAACCGGAGUACAACAUCGACCCAACGAAUCCGUCGUUCAAGAAGACGAAGGGAAUGGAGAAGCUGAUACAGGAGAAACUGAAGAAGCGACCCUUGAAGGACAAUGACCUGCCGGGGUCGAAGGGUGAUGGCCUGGACGAGGUGACGGCGAGUGAAGCGAAGAAACCCAAGAGAGACGUCAGCACCAGUUUACUGGUGAAGAGUAUCAAGCGCAAGAUUGGAAAGUGAUUGUAAGUACAUAUAAUUGUUGAUGUAAUCGUAUAAAUCAAUGCAAAAUGUUUGCAUUCCAAAA